GUGUCGGUCCCUGAGCAGCGCUGAAGCCGGAGCCGGUUCCUGGGUUCCUGCGGUGGAGGAGCCCCGUGGCGGUCUACGCCGCUGUCGGAGGGCGCAGGCUGGGGUCCCUGGGCGGCGUUCGGGGGACGAGACUGCCUGCUGGCGGCGGCGGCGGUGGCCACGUCCGGGGCCGCGCGGGACGGGGUGUCUGGGGCAGAGACCCCCGGGCUCGGGGCCUCCUGCCUCCCGCUCUCGGGCCGCGCGAGUUCUUCGUGCCUUGCGGCCCUGCCCCGGCUCUGGGACCCCGAGCUGGUCUCUGGUUUGUGCCACGGACCUGGGACGCCCCGUUUCCUGAGGCAUUGGAGGAGUCUCGCCCCUCCUCCCGCCUCGGAGGACUCGCACCGCGGCAGCCCCUCUCUUUAGCCCGGAUCUUGUCCCCAAGUUUGGCCUUCGGAGACCCCCCUCUUCCUCCAUUCAAAUCUUCUGUCCGGCUGUCAGGUGUCCUGCCCUGUCCCCUCCUCAGGUUACUCCCGCCAGCCUCUCAUGCCCUGACCUCUUUCAAUGUCACCUACGGCCCCCUUGGUCUCAGCCCAGCCCGAAACUUUGAUGCAAAGGAAAAGCCUGGAUUGGUUUCACAGGCCUUUUAAAAAGCGGACUUAGAAAAGUUGCUGGCGAUGCAUUAACGUCUCCGCCGCAUCGGGUGACCCGUGGGCCGGAAGAUGCGGACAUUUAGAUAGUGACCCUCCGGUGACUCCCCCAGGAAAGGUGGAGGAGCCCCCCAAGACCGCGGCGCUUCCUCUGUGUGUGUGAGUGGCAGAGAGGACUGAAAUGGCUUCAGGAUUGCCCACCCUGCCAGCGUGCCCCCAAAAAUAGACUUUUUUUUUUUUUUUCCUCUCCAAAAAGACGUGGUGGAUUUCUUCCGGAAAACGGACUUGAAGUCGUGAAACGUUUGCUGGGUAGAGUUAGCGUCACCUUGCUUCGGGACCACAGCGGACACAGAAACGGAACUCCUGCGGCCAGGGGACCGCUGCCCUAGGGGAGGUGUCCGGCUGCGAUGGACGCUGAUGGGCGCUGCGCGCAGGUGCGGUGGCUGUGAAGUGUGCUGCUGCCUGUCACCGCCGCCCCUGCCGCUGCCAGGGCUGCUGGCUCACGGACGGUUCUGGAAGAUCUCGUGCCCUCCUCUGGAAAGGGGUGCCUAUCGUUGAUUUAUGGGGCAGCAGCCUGGUAAAGUUCUUGGGGACCAAAGGAGGCCAAGUUUGCCCGCCCUGCACUUCAUCAAAGGGUCAGGGAAGAAGGACUCGGCCACGAGGCAUGGGGGCCCACACUGCAACGUGUUUGUGGAACACGAAGCCCUUCAGAGGCCAGUGGCAUCUGACUUCGAGCCCCCAGGUCUGAGCGAAGCUGCUCGUUGGAACUCCAAGGAAAACCUUCUUGCUGGGCCCAGUGAAAAUGACCCCAAUCUGUUUGUUGCGCUGUAUGAUUUCGUGGCCAGUGGGGACAACACCCUAAGCAUAACUAAAGGUGAAAAGCUUCGGGUCUUGGGCUACAACCACAAUGGGGAAUGGUGUGAAGCGCAAACCAAAAAUGGCCAGGGAUGGGUCCCGAGCAACUACAUCACACCAGUCAACAGCCUGGAGAAGCACUCCUGGUACCACGGGCCCGUGUCACGCAACGCUGCCGAGUACCUGCUGAGCAGCGGCAUCAACGGCAGCUUCCUGGUGCGGGAGAGCGAGAGCAGUCCUGGCCAGAGGUCCAUCUCACUGCGAUAUGAAGGGAGGGUCUACCACUACCGCAUCAACACCGCAUCCGAUGGCAAGCUCUAUGUCUCCUCGGAGAGCCGCUUCAACACCCUGGCCGAGCUGGUCCAUCACCACUGCACCGUGGCCGACGGCCUCAUCACCACCCUGCACUACCCGGCCCCCAAGCGCAACAAGCCCACCAUCUACGGCGUGUCCCCCAGCUACGACAAGUGGGAGAUGGAGCGCACAGACAUCGCCAUGCGGCACCGGCUGGGCGGGGGCCAGUACGGCGAGGUGUAUGAGGGCGUGUGGAAGAAGUACAGCCUGACGGUGGCCGUGAAGACCCUGAAGGAGGACACCAUGGAGGUGGAGGAGUUCUUGAAAGAAGCUGCAGUGAUGAAAGAGAUCAAACACCCUAACCUGGUGCAGCUGCUCGGGGUCUGCACACGGGAGCCUCCUUUCUACAUCAUCACCGAGUUCAUGACCUACGGGAACCUGCUGGACUACCUGCGGGAGUGCAACCGGCAGGAGGUGAAUGCCGUGGUGCUGCUGUACAUGGCCACGCAGAUCUCCUCCGCCAUGGAGUACCUGGAGAAGAAGAACUUCAUCCACAGGGAUCUGGCUGCCCGCAACUGCCUGGUUGGGGAGAACCACCUGGUGAAGGUGGCCGACUUCGGCCUGAGUCGGCUGAUGACGGGAGACACCUACACAGCCCACGCUGGGGCCAAGUUCCCCAUCAAGUGGACCGCGCCAGAGAGCCUGGCCUAUAAUAAGUUCUCCAUCAAGUCCGACGUCUGGGCGUUCGGUGUACUGCUCUGGGAGAUUGCCACCUACGGCAUGUCGCCUUACCCUGGGAUCGACCUGUCCCAGGUCUACGAGCUGCUGGAGAAGGACUACCGCAUGGAGCGCCCGGAAGGCUGCCCGGAGAAGGUCUACGGACUCAUGCGCGCAUGUUGGCAGUGGAACCCCUCGGACCGGCCCUCAUUUGCCGAAAUCCACCAGGCUUUCGAAACGAUGUUCCAGGAAUCCAGUAUCUCAGACGAAGUGGAAAAGGAGUUAGGCCGACGUGGCGCCCGGGGGGCCAUGAGCACCCUGCUUCAGGCCCCAGAGCUGCCCACCAAGACCCGAACAUCCAGGAGAGCUGCUGAGCCCCGAGACGCUACCGACACCUCAGAUGCACCCCACUCCAAGGGUCCAAACGAGAGCGAUGCCCUGGACCAUGAGCCUGCCGUGUCUCCGCUGCUCCCACGAAAAGAGCGGGGUCCCCCAGACGGCGGCCUGAAUGAAGAUGAGCGCCUCCUCCCCAAAGACAAGAAAACCAACCUGUUCAGCGCCUUGAUCAAGAAGAAGAAGAAGACCGCGCCGGCCCCCCCCAAGCGCAGCAGCUCCUUCCGGGAGAUGGACGGCCCUCCCGAGCGCAGGGGGCCCGGCGAGGACGAGGGCCGGGAGAUGAGCAACGGGGCGGCUCCCCCUCCUGCCACGGACACGGCCGAGCCGACCAAGUGCCCCAAGCCCAGCAACGGAGGCAGUGGAGUCCCCAACGGGGCCUGCCGGGAGUCGGGGGGCUCGGGCUUCCGCUCCCCGCACCUGUGGAAGAAGUCCAGCACCAUGAGCAGCAACCGCCUAGCAGCUGGCGAGGAGGAGAGCAGCGGCAGCUCCAGCAAGCGCUUCCUGCGCUCCUGCUCGGCCUCCUGCGUGCCGCACGGGGCCAAGGACACCGAGUGGAGGUCAGUCACGCUGCCCCGCGACCUGCAGUCCACGGGCAGGCAGUUUGAUUCGUCCACCUUCGGAGGGCACAAAACCGAGAAGCCUGCUUUGCCCCGGAAGCGGGCCAGCGAAAACAAGUCUGAGCAGGCGCCCAGGGGCACGGUAACCCCUCCACCCAGGCUGGGGAAGAAGAGCGAGGAAGAUGGGGAUGAGGUCUUCAGAGACCCCGCCGAGGCCAGCCCGGGCUCCAGCCCUCCCGGCUUGACCCCGAAGCUCCAGCGGCGGCAGGUCCCAGCGAGCCCUGCCUCUGGCACCCCGCACAAGGAAGAGGCCGGGAAGGGUGGCACCUCGGGGGCCCCUGGCGCUGCAGAGCCAGUGCCCCCCACCAGCAGAGCAGGCCCCAGUAAGGGCCCCGUGGAGGAGUCCCGAGUGCGAAGGAACAAGCACUCCUCCGAGUCGCCAGGCAGAGACAAGGGGAAGUUGUCCAAGCUCAAACCGGCCCCUCCGCCGCCGCCAGCCUCCGUGGGCAAAGCAGGGAAACCCUCACUGAGCCCGAGCCAGGAGGCCGCUGGGGAGACGGCUGCUGGCGGUAAAACAAAAUCCACCAGCCAGGCGGUGGAUCUGGCCGGCGGCGAGGCUGCCAAGCCCAGCCAGCCAGGAGACAGUGUGAAAAAGCCCCUGCCCCCAUCGGCACCGAAGCCGCAGGCGGCCACCAAGGCCACGGGGACCCCCACCAGCCCGGCCCCCGGCCCCGCCUCGCUGCCAUCAGCUUCCUCCACCCUGGCUGGGGACCAGGCGUCUUCCACCGCCUUCAUCCCCCUCAUCUCGACCCGCGUGUCUCUGAGGAAAACCCGCCAGCCCCCGGAGCGCCUUGCCAGUGGCGCCAUCACCAAGGGCGUGGUCCUGGACGGCACCGAGGCCCUGUGCCUGGCCAUCUCCAGGAACUCUGAGCAAGUGGGCAGCCACAGUGCCGUGCUUGAGGCCGGCAAGAACCUCUACACCUUCUGCGUGAGCUACGUGGAUUCCAUCCAGCAGAUGAGGAACAAGUUUGCCUUCCGGGAGGCCAUCAACAAGCUGGAGCACAACCUGCGGGAGCUGCAGAUCUGCCCGGCCACGGCGGCGGGCGGCCCGGCGGCCAGCCCGGACUUCAGCAAGCUCCUGGGCUCCGUGAAGGAGAUCAGUGACAUCGUGCAGAGGUAGCAGAAGCCAGGCCUGCACCGUGCCCGUGACAACUAGUGGCCAGCGGGGCACAGCCCCAGCUGUGCUGCGGAGUCUGCUCUGUGGACUGCAGGUGGCACCCCGGGUCCACCGGGCGCAUGGGCCCACUGGAGCGCUCCUCCGUGUGCCUUCUGCCGUCACCAGCACACCUCUGCAUCACCACCACCAAGGUCACCAGCCUCACACCUCCCGUGCCAAAGCUGCAGUCUAAGAUCCCCCUCCCCCAGGAAGGGUCCCACACGUGAAGGACAGCCAGGGACUGGGGGUACACGGCCCCCCAGUCUUCGGGUCCCAGACAGCGGGGAGCUGGAGGAGGAAGGUCAGGGCUCCGUCUGUCUGCCCUGCCUCCCCAGAGCCCACCAGCUCUGACAUCCUGGGACAUGCACUGUGAAGUCUGAGUAGAAAGCUCCAGUCUGAAGGCUCGUGGGGUCACUGUCCGAGAUGGUGGCCGGCUGAGGCAAGGCUGCCUGGCCUGCGCCUGGGCACGCCUCAGGGGCCGCGGGAGAAUUGGAUCCCCAACCAGUCUCCUUCCCCCUCAUCUAAGACAAAGCAGAUCCUCCCUGGUGACAGGACGGUCAUCGGCUUCUGUUCAGAGGGGGCCGCCCCUGGGUGCCAGCACACACACCAGGCAGAUGCCUCUUAGUUAAUGACCGUGGGUGACACUUGGGGUCACCAGGGAGGAGUAAGGGACAGACCAGACUUCAGGGAGUACAUCAAAGAGCAGGUCUUGGUGUCUCCUGCCCAGAGCUGAGGUCUGUAGACUGUGGCGUUGGACAGGCCCCUGAGAGGGCCAUGCAGCCUCGCACAGCCCCUGUUUGCACAGUGACCAGCUGCACCUGCACCUGCUCGCGGGGGGAGGGCAGUGGGCAGCCAGCAGGCCUGCUGCCAGCACCCCCUUGCCCCAGGGAGGCGCCCGACACCGACAGCGGCCUUGCAGACCCAGAGCAGCGUGUCCCGCGAGCUGGCGUCGUCCUGUUAACAUGUGCCACUAUACUUUGCAUUUAUACUUUUGGUAUUACACUCUUUUAUAAACAACGUGUACAUAGUUUCCCACCAUCCUUCCUUCUGCAAUGUCCAGGGUGUUCCCACCCCCUUCUCCUCUUGGUCCAAUUACAUUUUGUUCCUGUAUGUGACUCUUGUGUUUUUUUUGAUUCCAAAUCUGCUCUGUAGUAUUUUUUAAAUAAAUAAAUAAAUGUUGACAA